CUGAAACCUAAACAGAAGUGCGAAAUUAAGUUAGAAAUAUCAAAAGUUUAUACAACAGAUCUUACUAAUAUUCAGUUUUUAGCCGUAUGUUCUGAUGGUUCUAUGUGGAUGGCAGAUAAUACAGGAUCAAAGUUACAACACGUCAAACUUAGGGAGAAUAAAACUGAAGUUAUAACAAGUUUAAACACUCAGAUUUGGGGAAUGGCUAAAACUCAUUCAAAUAACAUUCUUGUUACAACAGGUGAGACUAAACUCAAACUAAUCAACGCCGUGACAGGGGAAAUAACUGAUUCUAAGUAUGAUGUAAAACCAUUGUAUCCAAUCAAUGUCCAUGUAACCAGUGAUCACAGGGUCAUCAUAGGAGCCAAGUCUAGUGGUAAGAUAUUACCUGUCACAGGAAGACGUGUAGUGGUGGUCAUGGAUCAGGAAGGGAAACAACUCAAGGAAUAUGAACAUGACAAUCAUAACAAACAAUUAUUCACCUGCCCGCUAUGUGUAACUUCUACCAGUAAUGGUAACAUCUGUGUGGUGGAUAUGUUAGAUUAUGAUUUCAGAGGUAGAGUGGUAGUGUUAUCACCAGGAGGAGACAUUCUAGGGACUUAUACUGGUCACCCUGAUGUCAACACAGAGGAGAAACCAUUUGAACCAAAGGGAAUACUUACCACACCAUCAGAUAAUAUUGUCGUUACUGAUGUGGAGAAUCAUUUAUUACAUAUUCUGACUGACCAAGGACAAAUUAUUACCUACUACAACCUCAGUGACAUAGGGAUCUUAGGUCCAUACUUCCUUGCUCUGUCUACAUCAGGAACUAUAUAUAUAGGAUGUGUUAAUAAGAGAGGAAGUCCAGACACAACAAAGGCCAAACUUUUUGAGUUAAACUUUUCUGGAUUCUAG